GAACAAGCCCCACGCCGUUUCUGCUUUUCGCCGUACUGCGUAGCGGCGACAAUAUGACAUCGACUAGACGCUGAUGAAUGCAGGUGGUCCAUUGGCCUCCAGCCCGCCGGCCUGCCUACCUGCAUACCUGCAUACCUGCGAUACACAUCUGCUUCCUCCUGUUCCUAAGCCCAACAGAUUCCGGCCGUCUGUGUCGGCCUGUCUGUCUGUCUGUCUGUCUGUCUGUCUGUCCAUUCUACAACUUUCUGUCGUGUCGAAUCUUUUUCCCCUUUCGGCCCUGCACGUCAACCCCAAAGCCACAGACGGCGGCGCCCUGCAUCACCUCAAGUGCUUUGUGCGGCCAUUUUACCCUACAAACCCUUUGUGUCAGUCGCAUCCGGAUUGUUGGGCACUUUGGGCACCAGGGCACUGCAGAACACCAGUCCGGACACGACGAGACGGGUAGGAGGGCAGAGACGCGCCUUCCACACUUCAAAUCGCUGGUCAGCAGCACUGCAGCACUGCAGCACUGCAGCACCAUCUCUUCCGCCCGCAGCCAGACCAGAAAACAACCCACAGGUCAAAUCCCCAGCUUACUCCCGUCCAAAGGCUGCUCGAGUCCUCGCCUUGUCUCUUGUUCCCAUUACACGCUCCAACCAGUACAGCCUGCAGUUCCAGGGCCCCUCAACGUCGGUGCCAGCAAGAGGGCCGGAGGGCUCUGACAGCCCAUCAUGGAGGUGGCAGAAGUGAGCAAUGACACCCGCGGGUGGAUCAUGUGCGUUGUGAGCGGCAUAGCCUGCGUCGUGGGCGCCUGUGUGAUAUGCGUCGACUUGUUGAUCCGCUACAUACCGGGCAAGCAAGACUUCCGCAUACAGGACAGCAAUUCCUUCUUGGCCUGCUCACUCAGUCUGAGUUUUGGUGUCAUGAUAUUCUCGGCACUGCAUAGUAUGCUGCCCGAGUCCGAAGAGUACUUGCGCAAGGACAAGUACGACUCGAUGGAUGCCGGCUUGAUCAUGAUGGGGUGCUUUGUUGCCGGCUUUCUGGGGAUCCAGGUUGUGUCGAGGCUGCUCCACCGCGUCAUGCCCUCGCAUGUGGUUGACUGCGAUCACACCCACGACGACGCGGAUGAAGCCGACGGCCAUGCGAAGCACGAUCACGCUCAUGGUGCGAGCCGCCAGCCCUCGCGUAUCGGUAGGGCGAGGACGCGGCUGUCGUCCCAGGGGAGAAGGGUAACCACCGUCACCAAGCUGCACGAAAAUGGCCACGCACACUCGCAUGCCCACGACGACUCCCACGGUCACCCGCGCGUCUCAGAGUCCACGCCGCUCCUAUCAUCUGCCGGGAACCAGCAGGCCAACGGACGCCCACAUCCAGAUCCCCAACAGCACGGCCUCUCGGCUGUUACGGACAGCCUGCAUCAACAGACACUGGCUCCCAAGUAUUCCUCUGCCAGCGUUGGUCGUCGCCCAUCCCUCAUUGACAUGCGCGACCGCGUCAUGUCCUUCGUCAAGGACACCAAGCGGACCUGUGAUGUCGAUGGCCCUUGCUUUGGUUACAGUGACCCCUGCGGGCAAGAGUGCUUCAAGCACGUGGCCUCGCGGUCCGCGGUGUCAAGGCAGAACUCACGCUCCCUUUCCCGCAUGAACAAGAGCGUCUUUCAGCCUACAGCGCCGCUGUUCGAGAGGCUAUCGGAGGAGGGUAGUGAGGUUGAUUCGGGGGCGGCUUCACCUCUCAGCCCGCUCCGUCAGGCCGGCCGCAGCCGUUCACAGGAGGCAACGGCUGGGACCGGCCUCUACGACCACUACGAUCACGAUCAACAUCACCACGAUCACCACCCUCACCUAGAGGAUGACUACUCCCAUGACCACAUGUCAGAGGCAAGCACCGAUCUGGAAGCCCAAGACGGUGCAGCUCAUCACCACCAUGUCCCGGCCAAUGCGUUUCUGUCCAUCGGCCUGCAGACCGUCAUCGCAAUCGCGCUGCACAAGUUCCCCGAGGGCUUCAUCACCUACGCCACCAACCACGCGAACCCCCAACUCGGUUUCAAUGUCUUCAUGGCUCUCUUUGUCCACAACAUUGCCGAGGGGUUCGCCAUGGCCCUUCCAUUGUACAUGGCUCUAGGUUCGCGCCUGAAAGCGAUAGCCUGGUCCAGUCUUCUUGGCGGCUUCAGCCAGCCUAUGGGAGCUGGCAUAGCAUGGCUGCUGUUCAGGUUCUUUGGCUCUGGCGGCGAGGUCGGAAUUGACAAUACCGCCUAUGCGAUCCUUUUCGCUGCCACGGCGGGCAUCAUGACGAGUGUUGCUCUGCAGCUCUUUGUCGAGAGCCUGAGUUUGAACCACAACCGCAACCUGAGCAUCGCCUUUGCGUUCCUCGGCACGGUGCUCUUGGGAGUGAGCAAUGCAAUUGCCGGCCACCACUGAGUUUUGAGGUGACCUGGUGCUGGCACGUUUGUGUAUCAGAAUUAGUGGGGUUAGCACGAAGGGAGACUGUAAUCGGCAGAGAAAACUCAGAAUGAGCCAUCCACACUCCAAAGGCGUGGUGGCAAGAGUGAAUAUCAUAUAGCACGGUGCAUGGGUGGAUAGAUAUGGUCAAAGCAGUGGGAUUCUGGUUUUUUGGCGUGUUUUCCCCCGAGGAGCUUGGCAGCAUCCGGGGUUUCGGGUACGGCGUAUUCUUUUACAACGGUUUUUGUGGCAGGGUGGUGCAACUGGGAGUGGGAACACAUUGGUCAAGGCGAAUUCACCAUUGCUUUUUAAUCAUCAGGGGAUACCAAAAUCGCCCCCCGGGGGAGGGGGUCCCCAAAGGAACCGGCACCACCUUCAUAUUGAAUCAAAGCAUUGUUAUUAUG